AAAAGCGCAGAGAAGACGCCGCGGAGAGAUAGAGGGAGAGAGGAAAACAGUUAGGAAAGAGAAAGAAGAGCAACAUGGACACGAACAGCGUGUUUAGUUCAUGUGUGUCCGCUGGUGUUGGACUGUAGCUCUGCUCCUCUGCCGCACAGCUGCUCCGUUAUGUCGGACAACCUGAGGAGAAUAAUGCCAGGGAAUGGAGGAAAUCUUCGGAAAUCUUCCUGCUGCUAAACUGCGCGGUGCUGUCAGGAUUUAAGGAUAUUAUAAAACUGAGGAUGGUGCUCGUGUAACCGAGGAGCGCCCCUAACUCGUCGUGCUCUCCGACAACCAGGCCACGCUCAAAGUUUUUUUUUUCCAUUUUUGUCAGCAGAAGGGGAAAUUUUGCUGCAUUGAAUUCCUCUGGACGGGAUGUCAUCCGCAGUCAAGAGGAAUUCCUCUGGCUGACUGAUCCCCGGCUGCACUGUAGCGGGCUCCUGAGAGACAGAAGAUGGGAGAAGCGGCAGACGACAGAGGGAUGAGACGGACCUUCAUCGUCCCUGCCAUCAAGAGCUUCGAUCACUACGACUUCACCAGGGCCAAGAUAUCAUGCAGCCUGACGUGGCUGGUGGCCAAGGCUUUCGGCUCGGAUGCUGUACCAGAGGAGCUGGUCGAGCCUUUAUACAGGGACCAGUACAAGCAGGAGCACCUGAAGCCUCCCGUGGCCUGCCUGCUCCAGUCCGCAGAGCUCUACUGCCGGGCGGGAAGCCUUAUCCUCCGCAGUGAUGCUGUCAAACCUUUACUGGGACACAACGCUGUCAUCCAAGCCCUGGCCCAGAAAGGCCUGUACGUCACUGACCAGGACCGACUGGUCACUGAGAGAGACCUGACCAGCACGCCGAUACACAUGAGUUCCCAUCUGGCGCUCAUAGAUACCCUGAUGAUGGCGUACACUGUGGAGAUGGUGAGUGUGGAGAGGGUGAUGUCCUGCAUCAACAGGUACUCCUCCGCUGAACCCUCACACGGUGACGGACACGUUCAGGAGCUGCCUUAUGACACCGAGGAUGCAAUCGCCACCUGGAUCAACAAGGUGAAUGAACACUUAAGGGACAUCCUUGUCGAAGAGCAAAAGCUGAGAGACACUUCCUUCCAGGAGUCCAACGGAACAACACCUAAAGCUCGCUACAGGCGGGAGCAUGCCCAGCAGAGGAGCGCUCCAUCGCUCCCCCUGGUGGAGAACCUGCUGAAGGACAACACAGACGGCUGUGCCCUGACCGCCCUGCUGCACUUCUACUGCCCACAGGCCGUCAAACUGGAAGAUAUCUGCCUCAAGGAGACCAUGUCUUUGGCUGACAGUCUGUACAACCUCCAGCUGGUGCAGGAGUUCUGCAGGAACAACCUCAACCACUGCUGCCACUUCAGCCUGGAGGACAUGCUCUACGCUCAUGCAUCCAUAAAGAGUAACUACCUGGUGUUUAUGGCUGAGCUUUUCUGGUGGUUUGAAGUGGUUAAACCGUCAUUUGUACAGCCCAGAGUCUUCGACCCAAACGGUACAGUGCAAGCCUGUGAGCCUGUAACGUCCUGUAGAAAUAUGCCUCCUGUGUCCAGUCCAGUCCAACAGAUCUAUGCAGACAGACCUGACAGCCCUGACAACCUCCCUACACAGGGUAUAAUGAAGAGGUCUACCUCCAUGUCCUACGUGGAUGGCUGUGUUGGGACAUGGCCCAAAGAAAAACGCUCCUCCUCUCGUGGAAUCUCCUUUGAGAUUCCUCUGGACGGAGACCCCUGUGAAGCUCCCUCCCUCCACGGUAUGACCCGCUCUGCCAGCAGUGACGGCCUUGGGUUCAAAGUUCACUAUGCAUCUCGAGGGGGCAUGAAACGCCACCUCUCCCUCAUGCCCGUCGAUGUAAACGGCCAGAGCAGACACAUACCGGAGGAGGAUGAGGAGUUCACCUCCCAGAAACCCCUGGGGCGGAAAAACACAUUCUCCAUCAAGAACCAAAGCAGGUACUCCAACGGAGUCCUCCCAGACAACAACCACAGCCCCAAUGAUCACCAUGGUAACCACAGUGGCCACAUCAGCCCAUCCACUCCUCCGAGCAUUGAGGAGGCUCUGAAGAUUAUCCACGACACUGAAAGGCCCCACGCUAGCCUGGGCGUGGGGGAUGGAGACAAUGGCUUCUUUCUCCACGGUGCGGAGCCUUCAGACCCUCACGUUCAAGGAGACGACCCGGGUUCAGCUAAGGCUCGGCUGAACGACCACGACCCCAAUUCUCUGUCCACUGAUGAAGUUGACACAGGCAUCCACGUGGGGACAGAGGACAUCCAGAGCUUGGAUGAGGACUCCUCCUCUCUGAGAGACUAUUCAGAUAUAGACCCGGACUGUGAGGCCAUGACCCGGUCGUGCCCUCUGCCUGAUCAGCCGGAGAGGGAGAGAAGCAGGGAAGGAGGACGUGAAGGGGUCGGAGAGGCUAACCCUGAGGGUGAGAGAGGAGACGGAGGUGACAGCCCCUGUCCCAGUUCAGUACCCACAAUCCCCAGAUCCCACACAGUCAGCCCCGCCUCGUCCUGCGGAGGCACUGGAGGUGGCAUGGUUCGGAUGACGAGCUUUGCAGAGCAGAAGUUCAGGAAGCUGGAGGGAAGGAGUAGCGGGGGAACCACUCCAGAGAGUUCAGAUCUCAAUGUGCCAUAUACACACCUGCCAAAAAGCAUUUCUUCUCAGAUGUAUACACCUCCUUUGCCAAUCACAUCUCCCUCUCCAGUAACGCCUUCCCCCAGAGACCCCUCCCACCUGAUAGCCUCUGAGAUGAUUCAGCUGAGGAUGAAGCUGGAGGAGAAGCGGCGAGCCAUCGAAGCCCAGAAGAAGAAGGUGGAAGCAGCUUUCACCCGCCAUCGUCAGAGGAUGGGCAGAACAGCCUUUCUGAAUGUAGUGAGAAGAAAAGGAAUCACAGCCCCCCUCAGCCCCAGCUCAGCGGCAGCAGAAACACCUUCACCAGAGCCGCUCACAGCCUCGAAGGAAAGGCAGGGCAGCAUGGAGGGGGCAGAGAGAUGCAAGCCAGAUGGAGCAGCUCCUAAAUCCCCCUGUGAGGAUGGAGGAGGUGUUUCUCCAGGAGAAAUCGACCUUACAGAAUACACACGCUCCAUUGAGAGGCUGAACACGUCGUUGGGCUUCCUGCAGACAGAAAUGCAGCGUUUGGCACAGCAGCAGGAGACGAUCAUGUCCAUGAGAGAGCAACAGCAACAGUCCUGGGUCAUUCCUCCUCCUGCUCCAUCUCCACACAGGCAGCUCCGUGAGUUGCGUAGCAGCAGUGUAACCGGCCGGGGAUCAGGCCGAGGCUCGGUUGGGUCUUUGUCUCCCAUCCUUUCUUCUUCUGGCUCUCCCCACGCUCCCAAUCGUUCCCCUGCUGGCAUUAAGCGGCGACCGGCCUCGUUCCAUGCUAGGACACCUCGGACUCCACGACCAAAUGAUCUGAAGGUCACACCCUUCAGUCGAAUGCUUAACACCCAAACCUCAGUGGACAGCCUACCAAGACUGAGGCGCUUCAACUCCAGCCAGAACCAGAACAGCUCGUUUUCUUACUUUGGCCACGAUGAGGGGUCUCUGGAAAGCAAGAACCAAGAGGCCAAGGACAACAACGAAAACACUACAGACAAAGAAGAGGUGGAUGUGAAGAAGAGUGCUGGCACUCCUACUGAAGAAGCAUCCAAAGAGAAGGAAGAUGAGCGACAGGAGGAAAAAAAGACUCUUCCGAAGGGUGAAGUCAAGCAAACAAAGUCGUCAGAGGUGGUGAAGGUGCCUGAGAUGAAACCUCCAGGAGCACCACCCUGCGCUCAGGAGAUGACGGGAGAGGGCGAAGAAGAGGGAGAGGCAGGAGGAGACGCGUAUGGACAAGACCAAAAGAUGUGUUGUGGAUUCUUCUUCAACCAGGAUGAUGUGAAAGGGGAAGAGGACAUGGCAGCAAAGAAAGCAGCUCUGCUGGAGAAGAGGCUGAGGAGGGAGAAGGAGACUCAGGAGAAGAAGCAACAGCAGGAGCUGGACCAGGAGCAGAAGAAGGAAGCUGCACGGUUGAAAGCAGAGGAGGAGCAGCAGAAGAAGGAUGACGAGAAGGCGCGGAGGGAAUACAUCAAAUAUGAAUAUUUGAGGAGGAAGCAGCUUAAGCUGAUGGAGGACAUGGACGAGGUCAUAAAGCCCCGAUCUGGAAGUCUCAAGAAGAAGCCGCGACCCAAGUCCAUUCACAGGGACGUCGUGGAGACUACACCGCCAGUGAGAGCGACAGGGGUGCGUCCUCGAGGCUUCUCGGUAUCAAGUGUUUCUUUGGCGUCUCUCAAUCUGGCUGACAACGACAGAGAUCUGCCAAAUAACAGGAAGAACAACAGAGGCAAAAAAGUAUCUCAUAUCCCGUUCUUUCUAAACUCUCCCAAAGAAAGAAAGGGGAGGCCAGACUCUGCAGAAGGUUUUUCUUCUUGUCCUUCGACUGGUGAGAAGGAUUGGGAAAAUGACUCCACCACCUCAUCUACUCCAUCCAACAAUGAGUACACAGGACCCAAACUAUACAAGGAGCCGAGUGCCAAGUCCAACAAGCACAUCAUGCAGAACGCCCUGUCUCACUGCUGCCUGGCUGGCAAGGUCAACGAAGGGCAGAAGAACAAGAUACUUGAUGAAAUGGAGAAAUCUGAAGCCAAUAACUUCCUGGUGUUGUUCCGUGACACCGGAUGCCAGUUCAGGUCUGUGUACACCUACUGCCCCGAGACGGAGGAGAUCACCAAACUGGCCGGCAUCGGUCCGAGGAGCAUCACUACCAAGAUGAUCGAGGGCCUGUACAAGUACAACUCGGACAAGAAGCAAUUCAGCCAGAUCCCAGCCAAAACCAUGUCCGCCAGCGUGGACGCCAUCACCAUCGCCAGCCAUCUGUGGCAAACCAAGAAGCAGGGGACGCCCAAGAAACUGCACACUAAGUAGCGCCAGAUGGCCGGGCAAGAUUUGGACAAGCUUCUCUGGAAUUUGUGGAUUUUACUUUUUCAUUAAAAGGACACACAGUCCCACUGUAACAAAUCACAACUGGAAAGUAGAACACACGUGGGCCUCACAGACGUUUUUGUUUCAGAGUUGACUGUUACGCUCUGGACUACUUAAAUGGGGCACAAGUGUGUACUUGUCAGCAUGUGUGUCAAUGUUCUCAUGUGCCAAAAAAGAGAAGAAAACAAUAGGCGGACCAAUGCCUUACCUAGUUGAACCACUGAAGCACUGAAUGUCACGCCUCAGAAAGAGGCAGUUUGGUUUCUAUAAGUUGUGUGGCCUUAUGCUUGUUUUGUGUCAAAUGGAUGCGCUGUGAGUGUUGGUGUCAUUUUGUAAGCGCCUGUAGAAAAGGUCUAUUGUCAUACAUUAGAGAGGUUGUGUGUACUCACGGGUCUGGGAUCAGAUUACCCCCCACCCCCCCUCGAGCCCAGGUUGUCAAAAGGGUGGCCUGUCUGAUCUGUGAUCAGCGUUUUUGAGGAGAGUUUUGCUGCUAUACAGGCAUCUUUUUUUAAUUUUUAGUUUUUUUACAUGUGACUGAAAAACGUAUAAACAGUUCAAAAGUGUGUAUGUGUGUGUACAGUGAAGUGCCAAGACGAGUGAGGAAAGUACCUCAGUUGGUGAUUGCAAUGACUUUCCAAGAGUGUGAAAUGAUGAGAGUAUUGAGAGUGUUGAGCGUAUGGAGUACCAUGAAACAAUUCUGGAAAGCACCUGCAAUAGACUCUUAAUUUAUUUCAUUUUGAUAAUGCUUUGAAGAUAUUUUAAAAAGGCGAUUUUAUUCAGAGAAACAUAAUAUACUGUACGUAUAUAAGUUAAAUUAGUUUGUAUAUGAUGGCAGAUCCAUUCAAAAUGAACGAGUCCGCUUGUAGCUUUUGAGUAGCUUUUAUAAUUUAUCACGUGUGUAUGUUGUCGUUUGGGGCCUUUAAUUGUGCUACAAAUGCAAAGAGCGUGAUCGCUCAACAGUAUCACUGAUCAUCGAUCAUCAGUAGUAGAAUAGACAGAAAGCCCAUCCUGUGUCAUCAAUUCUGUGCAAUUUAAGAGUAAUUUAAAUAAUCACCAUUGACCAUGUUGCAGUUGGAACUAACAAAUACUGAAAAAGACACUUUAUUGUGGAUAUUGUCGUAACUAUUAGAUCUUGAUUACCCACAAAGUAUUCCACAAUUGUAAAUAAAUGAAUUCACCUACGAUAGCGAUCAGACUCGUUUCCGCUUCAGGACCGUCAUGCUUGUUACUUUUACUUUUACAUUACUUUUACUUUUUUUAAUCACAAGUUCUUCAGUAUGUGUUGACACUGUACAGAUAUAUUUUGACAUAUAGAAGUAUUUUUUGUAAUGACAUUAACCUGUUGGGUGCGUACUAAUGAAGCAGUACAGUUGUUGAAGGAAGUGUUGAAAGCAAUUCAAGGUAUUUAAAGUCUUAACGGGGCUUUAUCGUGGUAUUGUACGAAAACCAUUAAGUAUACUGAGAAAAUCAUAGGUUUUUUUCCAACUCUAAAUUCAUUUUCUUUUCAAUUUACUAAAUAUGCUCAACUGUUCAUGGAUUUUUGUUGUUUUUAUAUUACUUUGAGCUUUAUUAAAAUGCCAGCUAUCAACAGUU